AUUAUUGCCAUUUCCGGUUAUGAUCGCUUAUUUCUGUCUGCUUCUUUCGAUAUCGACUUCUGAGAGAACUAUUAAUUUAAAAGAACAAUCAGGAAUACUCUUCUAGAAGUUCCAUACAAUUAAAUGUUUUUAGAGGCUGGUCAUGUGACAGCACAUCAUGAUCAAAGCUGAAAUGUUAUCUCAUUCUGAAUCACCAGCAUCCAAAGAAGUAUCACAAAUGGUUGCAUACCAAUUUAAGAACUGCUUGCCCCAUUCAAAAGGGGAAUCACAGCUCCAUGUUUUAGCCUUCCAAGGAGAAAGUGAUAAGCUGAAGCAGUUGCUGAUACUUAUUCGAGCUGAGCCGAAUCGCCUGAAUGCUAUCAAUCAGCGUAAUCGCCUGGGCUGCACUCCUCUGAGACUUGCAGCAACAAGUGGUCAUCUAGAUUGCUUGAAUCUGCUUCUGGAGGCAGGAGCCAGUGUGGACAUCUCUGAUGUCAAGUGCCAGACUCCACUUUUUGUUGCCAUCAAGAACCGCAGAUAUGAAUGUGCAGAGAAACUUCUUCAGGCGGGAGCUUGUCCAGAAGGGGAUAGUAGUAAUUCUUCCACCCCUUUGUAUGUUGCCUUCAUGAACAGAGACCUUCGGUGUCUCUUGUUACUGUUGGAGUAUGGAGCUCAUCCGGAUCAAUUAACUCACUCAGUCCAGUUUCUGCCCACCAAGUACACACCAAAAAUAACCUCACUACGAGCAGCAGUGGAUUAUUUAAAUGGUCCUGAAGACACUUACAAAGCUGUGAGAGCUUUGCUAAUAAGAGGAUGCAACAUAGACAAUUUCACAUACCAUAGCAUCAUAUAUCAAGACAACGAGAGGCUGGUAGACCUUUUGUACAACUUUGGCCUAGACUCAACAACCAGAGAUGUCAACAACAGACUAGCCAGUGAACUUGAUCUCAAUAAUCAAGCAAAAAGAAAACUCUGUUUAUUAAGAACCACACCCAGAAGUUUGUUGUCUGCCUGCAGAGUGGCUAUUAUUUCCUGUCUAGCCAAGCCCAGAAGAAAUCUGUGUGUUUUGGAUUGCCUGCCCCUGCCAGCAUCAAUGGUUUCCUAUUUGAAAUUUAAUGAUGUAUGAGGGUUAGUGUACAAAUGAUGAAUUCAUCAAUUGAAUUAAGAAACAAAUACUUGUGGAUAUGACCAGUCCAGUUUGCCCCUUUCAAACUUCAUCCCUCAGCCACACCUUCAAACUAACCACAAUUGUUUUUUCACUUAGAUGGUUAACACUUCAGGAACCAAAAAAAAAAAAGCCACAAGUCAAAAUUUGUGUACUUUGUUUGUUUGAUGUUUGAUUGAACUUUGCGCACUCACUUUAACUUAUGAACUAGUUAUUAAAAACCUUUUUUCUUAUUUAUUGGGUCAUAUGUGCUAAUGGUUUACAUUUUCAAAUUCCAAUUUAUCAUUUCAUUACCAAUAACUUUGAUUAGGGUAAGAUGUGGAAUUAUAAAUGUUUUUCUGGCAAAUGCAUAGCAUUUGUGUUGUUUUUUUUCUGGUUCUGUGACAGUUUGUGUUCCUUAAGAGCCAGAAAUGAUUAAAGGCAGCUAUUAAAAAAAAAGAGGGGGGGGGGGGUUUUGAGAAGAAAUGUUCUAAUGGACCUUCACAUUGACUUUGCAUAACUGGAGAGGGAUUUUGACUCUUUCGCCUUCCCUGCUCCUGUAAUAUUAAUCACUUUGCAAUAUCGGCCAGGAGGAAGAGAGAGGUUUGAGUGAAGGAAAUAAAUUUGCUACCAAUUGUUGAAAUCAUUCCUGACCAAGCCAAACCCCAAUACAUUUUGAUGUGUUCUGUCUCUUGAAUUGAUGCUAUUCAGUUUUGUCUUUUACAGCACUUAUCUCUGUUUUAAUUAGUUUUAAAGUUAUUUUAAUUUGGGACACAUCUAGCCAGUGAUUUGUAUAAUACUUAUUCUAUUUAUUUUUAAAAGAUUUUUUUUCAACUUUAAAAAAAAAAAAUAAACAAUGCAUUCUGGUCAUCGCCUCUCAUUUGCAAUAGAAUUCCUCGUCUUUCCUCCCAAGCAAAAGAAAAACUAUCAAAAUAUAAAAUGUAUUUUAUAAAAUCAACAAAAAAACUUAUUUAAGGGGAAGAACCACAAAAAUCACUGCCAUAUAUCUCAGUGCUUCAGUGUUUAACACCAUUUUUUCUAUGUAAAACAAAACUAGUGUUUUGAUUUACAGAUAAUGAAUAUAUGAUUCUUUUUUUUUUCUUUGCAAUAAUAACUUUGUAAUUGAUGUUAAUUUUUUGAUUGAAUGUGAUGUCAUUGACUAUAAAUAGUUAUGAAAAAAUUUGUACUUGAUCCGAGAAUGGGAAGUUGGACAAAUUAUUUACUAAAUGUAAUAAUUAGGGAAUAAUUCCACCCACAUCUCUUUAUACUUUAGGAUUUAUUACCAAACAAAAUAAUUAAUUACCAAUGAUUAAUGAACUGUUUGGUUAAUUUUGAUUUUUGACUGAUUCAUGUUUUGUUUGGUACAAUAAAUAAUUGUGUAAAGUUUCAACUUGAUCUGAGAAUGGGUGUAGGAGAACUAACAUCUACAAAACUUCUACCAGACAGAGUGAGUUGAAAUACACUUUUAAAUAAGUAACAGGGCUAACACAGAAUCUUUGUAUCAUAAUUGUAGAAUCAAGAUGAAACAGCAAAUAACUUUUUCUUGCACCAACAAAAUGGAGCACUUUUUUUCCCCCUGUAUUUCCACCUAUGUAAAUAGUUGUAAUCAGUUAAAAUAUUACAUAUUUUAUAAAAGAUUUGUUUCAUUAAAUUAAUUGUUUUAUUAAUUUUAAUUUUAUACAUAUACGUAUAUGUAGAUAUAUAUUUUGAUGUGAUCCCACCUAUUUUUUACUUUGUUGAUACAGAAAAAUAUAUAUCUCUUUACUGAGCUCUCUUGUUAUAUAAUUUUGGAUGUAGUAUUUGAUAUUCUCUUGUUCUACUCUAAUGUGUUCAGUAUUACUUUUUAUUACUUCACACUUGUAAUAUUUAUUUUCAUCCUUGACCAUAUUGCAUUGUAUGAGGAGUGAAUCUCACAUUUCUGACUUUAACAAACAUUCAGUAUUGUACAUCAUAACGUGUAGGAGAAUGACAAGGGCUUUUCUUUGUUGUACUUUUUAAAAAGUUAUAUGUUCUGCACCUUAACUUAUCCUUGCACUUGUUACUGGGCCUGUCUGAAAUAAGUUAAAGCACUGCUAAUGACACUAGCUAACCCUAAUAGGCGAUAAGUCACAUUUAUCUGUCCUAAUAAAACUGGUUAAGGAAAAAUGAUUUCAUCUACUGGGAUGCGUGGUCCAGAGGCUAAGUAUGCUUGAACUUGGCUUAGCUACCUAUGAAGGGGGCUCGAGGUUCAACACCUGAAUCAGGCAGAGUUAUGAUUACUCAGCGCCUAAAGGCAGCAUGGAAAACCUCCUAGAUACCCCCUCCCCCCACUGGUCCACAAAUGAGAUUGGACCAUAGCACUCUGAGCUUGCUAUAAGAAUGAAAGUAGCGCUAUAUAAAAAGCUGUAAGUAAUUCAUUUAUCUUUUCAAAUAUUCCUUCUCCUGGCUUAUCUGCUUUUUCUUUAUUGUAUGGAGCUAGAAGCUUUUAUUGCUGAAACAAAGGAUUAAACAUGAUGUGUAACAUAUAAUAAUAGCAGUACAAAGUUUAUUGAGAGUAGAAGGUGAAGAAAAUAUGGGGAAACACUGAUAAGCCCUGUCAAGGGCACAAACCAUGAUCCAGUGCCUAGCAGCGACCAAGUACCAAUGCAACUUCUCCUUUGAUUAUCCAGCUCUCAAAUAAAAAAAAAAGCUGUUGUUAUCUGGCCUCCACAUUGCUACUCGGGUCAGGGGAUUAUGUGCACCUCCUAGAGCCGGCCCACAUCUUUGUCCAUAAUCCUCCUCACAAGCAAUUCUAUAUUUAGAGUCAACACAAAUUGGAAUCUGAGGCUUCUUCCACAAAGACCAAAAUGAGACGUUGACAUUAAUACAUCAUGUUUACUCUUUCUUUAUGGUACAUGAGUUGUUUUUUAUUUGCAUUUUAAGGUAUACAAGUAAGGAGCAGUUAGCUUUUGUAAAACAUUUAUUUCACUUCAUCUUAUCCUUAGGUUAAAAUAGAAUGAUCAAAUUAUUCAAAAUUAUCUCAGUUAUGCAUUAUCUAAGAAUAAAUUUGAAAAUGAAGCCUUAAUUGGGCACUGCAAUAUAUAUUUGAUACCAAGUUUGGUAACUGUGAUUGAGCUUGUUCUAUUUUUUAAAAUCCUUUUAGAACUUGUGCAACCUAGAUACAAUGCUAUAGAAUGCAUUACAUUCUAUAGGUUAGACCAGGGGUGCCACUUUUCCGGAAUAACCCGGAAAUCCGGUUUUGAGGGGUCCGAUUUUCCCCCCCCCCUCCGGGUUUGCCUUCUACAAUUUUGUAAAAAUCCAGGGUUUAGUUGAUUUAGACUUUUUCGAAAUUUCUGGUCAUUUUCCCCCGUUAAUUUUAGUUUGUUAGUUCCGAUCGCGCGAGCCGCCAUUUUAAAACAAAAUCGACCAGUCUCAUAUCUCGCUAUUCGCGAGACUUUCACUUUGCAUGCGCACUAAGCUUUAUUUACCGGUACAGUAUUUUUUUUUUUUAAGUGACAAAAAAGUGUAAACAUUCUAGAUCUAGAUCUAUAAAGAAUUUCUAGAUCUACGGAACGCGCCUCGAAUCGGCUCGAUUUAGAGUCUAGAUCUAUUUCUAUGAUCAAUCUAGAUCUGAUCUAGACUGUAAAGUCUUGUAUUUAGUAUAGAUAUAGUCUAGAUCUACUCGCGUACCUAGCGGCUAGUCCUAGAUCUAGAAAUAGAAAGAAAAAAAAAUUCACGAGUGAGAAUUUUUUUUUUUUUCGUGUUUUAUAUUUUAAAAUUUGUAUAGGUUCCAUAUAGACAUAGAGCCUUAGCUUAUGUCAAGAGUAUUAUAGAAGUAGGAUCUAGAUUUAGGAUAUUUAUAUCGUUUUUAGAUCAGAACUAGAAUCAAUGAUUGAAGAAUUAAAUUAGUAAGUUUGCGUUCGCCUGAAGGCUAAAAAAAAUAGAUCGAUUGGUCAAUAGAUUUAUACAAAUAAAUUAUAAUUAUGUAUAGGCAGUCCAGCACAUUCUAGCCAUCUAGGUCUACAUUUAAAUAUUAGAAACUAAAUCGUAAUGUUCAUUUUGGAGUAGAUCUGUACUAAAUCUCAAAAUCAAUUUUAUCUUGUUGCAAUAGAUUUACAGGUCCAUGCAUGUACAUUGAUGGAAUCAGUUUUAUCAAUGUUGAUUAAAGUAGGCUGCUUCAAAGGAAUAAUGAGGGAAAAAAUGUUAAGAGAGAAACAUCAUUUAAAAUAACUGUGUGUUUGGGGGGGGGGGUUACAAACAUUGUUAAUAUAAAAUUGUACUAAAUCCUCUUAACUUGUAUUACAAGCUUUAUCAAUAAAUACACACAAACUCUAUUUAUUAUAAUGAUAGGCUUACUAAUUACAUAUUUAAAACAUGGGGGGCAUAUUAUGAUACAGAUCUAGGUAGUAAUUUAAUACUGUUCUUCUUUCGUAAAAUUUUGGUGCUUAAAUUGUAUAUGCGGUACGUUUCAGGGUUGGUAAAGUUUGGGGUUUAUGAUUUCAGGGUUUGUCAAAUUUGGAAAUUCUGGUUUCAGGGUUUACUUGGUCUCAUGGGUGGCACCCCUGGGUUAGACAAUCUAAUAUCAUUUUAUCCUUACAAGUUUAGCUAUUCCUUAUUAUACUUCUGGGCAAGUAAUAUAUUUAAAAAAAAAAUAUAAUACAUUAGUUGUAGCAGUUGAAUAACUGACUCGUUUAUUCAUUGGUCUUAUUGCAAUCAUGUCAUGUGACACUCUGUUCCACAAGUGCAAUUAUUUACUAGUUUUACAUUGUUGACACAAUUUCUCUGUUUCAAACUGAACAAAAAUGUUGCAUUUAUCUAGAAACUAUGUCUACACAUUUAUUUUUUUUUUUGUAUAGAUUCUUCUCUGCAAUACAGGAAGUGAGUUAUGACACUGUGAUCAAUGAAUGUUCACUUAUUUAUACAUCACCUUACAUUUUCAAGCAAUAAAAUGUUUAUCAAGUCUAA